AUGGUUAGGGAAAACUCAAGGAAUGACACAGUAGACUCUCUUUUUGUUCCAAAUGAGAAAGCAUGGGAUGUGGAUAAACUUCGAACUCUCUUCAACCCAAGUAUUGUUUCAGAUAUUGGCAAAAUAUAUCUCAGCCAAGAUGAAGGCGAGGACAGAAUGUUCUGGUCUCUUGAAAGAAAUGGCUGCUUUAGUGUGCGUAAUUGCUACAGAAUGAUCUACAAUCAUAUUGGACAACAACUAGCAGGCCCAUCAGAGGGAUCAACUGACAAACUACUGUGGAAAUAUUUGUGGAAGAUGAAAGUGCCGCCUAAAGUAAAAGUUUUUGCGUGGAGAGCAUGCAAAGAUAGGCUCCCCACUGCUCUGAAUUUGGAGAAAAAACAAAUCAUAAGGCAGAGUACUUGUAGCCUUUGUAAUUCGGAAACUGAGGACUUGAAUCAUGCUGUGAUACAUUGUAACAUGCUCAAAGGGGUUUGGACUACUUUCUUCCCUGAACUGGUCAGAAUUAAUUGCAGGUCAAUUAAGGAAAAGGCACUUGAUUUAUAUGUGAGAAAAGAAGUUUCAAAGCUGGAUACCUUCUUCAUGCUGACUUGGAGUUUUUGGUUCAGAGGGAAUAAAUAUGUGAACGAGCAUAUUUGGCUGGAUCCAAGAAAGAAUGCGGAUACUGCGUUGGGUAUGUUAGAAAGUUACAGUAAAGCAAGGAAAACAAAUAACUCUCAGAUCCGAAAACAUUUUAAAUGGAAACCUCUAGAUUUCAAUUUUUUGAAAUUAAAUGUGGAUGGGACAACAUUUAAAGAACUGGAUAAAGCGGGAAUUGGGGCUGUAUUAAGAGAUCAUUCUGGACAGGUGAUUAUGGCGAUGUCCAAAAUUGAAAAUAGUGUUGAAGAGAGUGAAGUGAUUGAACUGUUGGCCAUUUUUAGAGGCAUGCAGUUUUGUGCCAACAUGGGAAUCCAUAACCUUAUGGUUGAAAGUGAUAGUAAGCUGGUCAUUGAAGCACUUCAAACUGAUAGCAUGCUCAAUUCUUCUUUAGGAGUGUUGUACCAUGAAGUGAAACGUCUAGCCACACAGUUUGUUAAUUGUAAAUAUUCCCAUACCUUCAGGGAAUGUAAUAUGGUGGCUCAUAAGCUUGCUAGGUAUGCAAAAUUGGUUGAAGAUGUUAAUGUUUGGUUGGAUAGUAUUCCAGACUAUGUUUAUCAAGCUAAUUGGCUUGAUAUCCGUCUGUAA